AUGCAAACAAUUAAAUGUGUUGUAGUAGGAGAUGGUGCUGUUGGAAAAACAUGUCUAUUAAUUAGUUAUACGACGAAUAAAUUCCCAAGUGAAUAUGUACCAACUGUAUUUGAUAAUUAUGCUGUUACGGUAAUGAUUGGUGGUGAACCAUAUACAUUAGGUUUAUUUGAUACUGCUGAUUAUGAUCGCCUCCGUCCGUUAAGUUAUCCACAAACGGAUGUAUUUUUAGUAUGCUUCAGUGUUGUUUCACCAUCAUCAUUUGAAAAUGUUCGUGAAAAAUGGGUACCAGAAAUAUCACAUCAUUGUGCUAAAACACCAUUUUUACUUGUUGGUACUCAAAUUGAUCUUCGAGAAGAUCCAAAUACAAUGGAAAAAUUACAAAAAUCACGUCAAAAACCAACAUCAUUGGAACAAGGUGAAAAAUUAGCACGAGAGCUUAAAGCGGUUAAAUAUGUUGAAUGCAGUGCAUUAACACAAAAAGGUUUAAAAAAUGUGUUUGAUGAAGCAAUAUUAGCUGCACUUGAACCACCAAAAAAAUCAAAAAAAACAACAUGUGCACUUCUAUAA